AAGCUCCCAAAUGUCUCCUCCCAGCUUUGUGCAAGGAGUAAGUGAGCCUGGAGCAGCUAGAUUCACUCAUGUCUUGUUGAACCAUGGAUGGGCACCCUUUGACCUAAUUUAGUGCAAUUUUUUGCCUAAUUUCAUGGGGGGAGGAACGGAUGGAAGAGUGGGGGAGAGACCAUGGAAGCAAUUAGCCCUGUGGCAAGAGCAAUCUGUUUCUCCUCUGGCAGCCUGCUUAAAAGGGGCAGCAGAAAAAGGAGAAAAGAGAAAAGGGUUGCCCACAAUUGAUCCUGUCCACUGUCCACAUACAGGCUCUAAGAAAUGACCCUCAAUGGAAUGUGGCCUUUAAUAGAAAAACAGUUUGCCCACUCCACACUAAACCACAUUUUAGUGUGGCACCCGAUUACAGCCAUUGUUAGUGAAUAGUAGAACGGUUGGGAGAAUUCUGAAGACAUUCAAUGGUAAUCGCAAAUUUUUGGAUUGCCUGGAAGUCUGCUACAUUCUGAUCUCCCUACUCUGCUUAUCAAGUGAAAAGGAACCAUAGGAAGUGGCAAUUAAAAUUACCUAAUUUGUGGUAUCAAACAGGGUGUUAAAAGAUACCUCUGUAAAUUAUACAAUUACAGAAUCAUAUUUUUAUUGCUUAAAUCAAUCAUUGGCUUCCUUAUGGUGCAUAAAUUAGUGCUUCCAAUGAAUUCUUUAUUUAAUUGCCUUUGUUUAGCAUCUAUGCUAAUAGCAAAUUCAUUCGCUCAAGUGCCUAUCCUUAUGUAUCCAAAACGGCACCACCUACACGCAAGAAGGGGGUAUUGGCAUGUUCAGGGAAACCCUGAGGUUUUCAAAAGACCAAAAGAUCUUUGGCAGGAGGCAAAACCUUAGAGAACCAAACAAAAAACCAGGACUGAGUAUGCUCAGUGGAUGCAAAAUGCUAACUGUUUGACUAGGAAGGAGGGGGGUGGCAUUGGGAUAGAAAAUCAAAGGCAGAGAGGAAAGAGAGAGACUACUUGUUCCAUUGAUUGUAGAAAUGCAGUAGCAGAAAAAUGCAUGCAUUAACAGAGACUACUAAAUCUACCUGGUAGCUAGAGAGAGGAUACCUCAUUUUAAAUUGGUUAAUUCCCAACAUGAAGCAUUUUAGGAGACCGGUGAUGUCAUGGUUAUAUUGGAAAGGGACCUUGCAUACCUGCGUUGCGUUCAACAUUGCAGGGGUAACAUGCACAUGUUGUGGCCAGUUGGAACGUAGAAAACUGCCUAAUAUUGAAUCCAUCUAGUUCACUGUUGUCUUCACUGACCGGCCAUGACUCUCUAGGGUUUCAGAUGGGGGACAUUCCCAGUGCUACCUGGAGUUUCUGGGAAUUAAACCUGGAACAUCAUGAUUGCACAGCGGAUGCUCUACCACUGAGCUACAUUCCUUCUGCAAUGAAAUUAGAAUGAAACUGUAUCACUGUAGGUGUUUAAGAUGAAUGCUGCUGGUGUGUAGCAGAUGAAAUUCAGUGGUGACCUUUCACAAAGUCAAGGAUACAUAGUAAUAAAGAAUGUCAUGGAUAUUUUUUGAAAUCAGCUCCGGCAUGGGCUGCUAAUUUUAUACUGCAUAGAAAUGAAAGUUUUGAUAAGUACAAUGUUGCACCGGUGGGCAUGGCAGGACUUCCUUUCCUCCUUCCUACAACCUCAGAUGGCCUCCAGAGCACAUCUGGGUAACUGCAGGGGCUGUGGCAGGGAGGGAGGGAGGAUGAAUAAAUCUAUUUUGUGCUAGUGAAAGUUGGUUGUGUAAGUGGGGUGCUGCAUCUGGCUAUCAUUCUUAGAUUCUCCCUGUUGCAGACCUAAAAUGAAAUAAGCUCUGCCCAUGAAUAUGUACUCAUGUAUAGAAGUAUUACAUUAUUGUUAAGCCAGUGUGUUAUUGAAAGGAUGAUAUAUAAAUACUCUUUGUUAAGAAAAGAUAAAAUUACAAGAGCAACUAAAGCAUUAUCAGGAAAAUGUCUUUUAUGAGAAUUAGCCAAGAAAUUGCCAGAGUUUGUAUGUAAUAAUACACUGUUGUUUGGUGUUGUGAAUAAGUGGCUCAGGCUCACAGACACCCUCUCAUCUUUGCCCUCAAGAGCAGCAGGUUGAAAGUGUUCACUUUCACUUUAGGGAAACCAUCAAUUCCUGUUACGUUCAAUCUUGGGAGGCCCUGCCUUAUUUUAACCGUGACUAAUUAAAACAAACCAGGAUAGCAAAUGUCGUUUGAUCCUGAUUUGUUAACAAGUCAUAGUUAGAAUAAGCUAGUUUCUUGAGUUCAGACGAAAACAGGAAAUUCAUUUACUCAAAAUAUAAGUUUUCCAACUCUGCAAAGUAUAACCUUUCAACUUCCCCAUGUGAAAAGGGAGAAGUGGAAGAAAUCCUCUAUAUCAGUGGUUCUCAACCUGUGGGUCCCCAGAUGUUGUUGGACUACAACUCCCAUCAUCCCUGAGCUCUGGCCUUGCUAGCUAGGGAUGAUGGGAGUUGUAGUUCAACAACAUCUGGGGACCCACAGGUUGAGAACCGCUGCUCUAUAUUGUAGCAAACUUUGCUGGGCUCAAUUCUGCUAACCCGGCUGCUAGCAGAAGCCUCUGCAAUGACUUCCACUAUUGCAGCGGGGCUCCCCCCCCCCCACUGCCUCCCCCCCCCCACAAUUGGCUGAAGGGGGAUUGAGAGGACCCCUCAAACAGCACAGAUUGUUCAAUCAGGCAAGCAGAAAUGUUUGCGCCAUCAGAGUUGUCUCCUUAAGGCUACAUUCCUCCCAUUUUGUCUGAACCAGGAUUUUAACUCUUAAAAGAUGUGUGAAAGGAAUAGCAGUCAUAUUGGAACUUUGUUAACUCAGGACUGGUGUUUGUAGUUCAGCGUUAUCUGACAUGGAAUUACUCGGAAUACUUUUGUAGAAUUUAUGUGUCAGAAAAGAAAAACAAUGUAGCAGCGUGUUGUGGACCUUUAUAUGUGCAACAUGGCAAACAUUUUUUGUUAUACAAAUAUAAAAGAAGCACAUCUUGAGAAAGCACAGGAGAAAUAGCUGUGUUUAAGUUUUAGCAGUCUCCUUAGUUGAUAAAAUUUGGUGAAUAUUUGCAUUUCAACUGUUUCUUUCAGUGAGGUGAUGGAUAUUUUUUAAAAAGUAGCCAUCAAAACCUUGUUUCUUGGAUGCAGAGAGAGCUGCAGGGCCUGGACACAAUCUGAGGAACUGUAUCUGACUGGAUUUAUCCUGGAGAAGAAGACAAAGGAGCAUGAGUACUGUUCUGAUUUUUGUAUAGGUUCAGUAAAAAUGUAGGACUAUCACCCUUUGAGUUUCAAAUGCAAGUAUAUUAAUCGUUCCUUAUAUAUAUAUAUUAGAGCUGUGAACCUAGGAUUGCCAUACGUCUGGGUUUUCCCAGGAAUCGGGCUCGGAAAAUGGCGUUUGGGCGGAUUUUUGCCAAAUUGACAAAAUGUCAGUGAAAACCCAGACGUAUGGCAAGCAGAGCAAUUUUUAAAAAACCAAGCUUUAAAAAGCCUUUAAAGAACCUAAAAAAUUAAUGGGGAGUGGGGGGAGAUGUUCCCAAAAAUGUCCGGAUUUUCACUGUAGGGAGUAUGGAAACCCUUAAUGAACCAGUUAGAAUUUAUUACCUCUUCAGCAAUGUUAAUAAUGGCUUCAGUUCAGAUGACACAAUUAGAAAAUGCUUCUGUUGAUUAAUGCAUGGUUUGGGAAUGUCUCAAAGGUUUAGAGGAUCACUUGGGGGGUAUCUCAAGUUUUAAAACCCACUCACAUUUUAAAAUCUCCAUUUUUAUUCCACCAGUACUAAUUUACUGAUUAUGAGAUGCUUUCACUUCUAACAUUACAUAUGACAGUACAAAUAUUUUUAUUGCUUAGCUCAGCAUAUUUUAUACGUUAAAUCCUAGUCAAUGUCUGCAUACAUCAUGACUGAAAAUUCCUUUUUCCUUUCUCUCACCCUGUGAAAUGAGAAAUUUAGAAAUGAGAGCAGUAAUUAAUUUGUCUGAUAUGCCUAUCCUGCAUUCAUCUAAAAGAAUACCCUUCUGCCCAUUAUAUACCUUAUAAUUACAUGCCCCGCAUGGGUCUUGCAUUUAAAUCUUCUUUGUGCUCUCUAGUGGCAUUUCAUAAUGUUGCCAGCUUGGAAUUACACAACUUACAUGGCAGAUCAUGCUGAAAAGUAGAUUCCUCUAUAUUCCUAAGUUGUGAAUGCAUAUAUAUACAUAUACAUACACACACACACACACACACACACAGAGAGAGAGAUACUUCUGUGUCUUACUUUCCAUACUUGUUAAUGUUUACAUAAUUACCACUGUCUUACAUUUAAUCCAAAGACUAUAUAUAUAUAUAUAUAUAUAUAUAUAUAUAUAUAUAUAUAUAUAUAUAUGAGAAUUAGUGAUGCCAGUUGUAAAUAGGAAAGGCCCUGUAUACUGAAAUAGGGGGAGGGGGGAAUCUGAUUACAUUUAGUUAGGCUUUGGUUGACCAACUUUCAACAAAGGUUGAAAUUGCAAAUUAUGUUUGUGUAACAUAGAUUUUACCCCAUUUUUCAAUUUUAAAAAUGCUCAGGGUGUCAUACAGUAUAGCGCAGUGUUUCUCAAACUUGGGCCCCAGCUGUUUUUUGGACUACAACUCCCAUCAUCCCUGACCACUAGUUCUGCUGGCUAGGGAUGAUGGGAGUUGUAGUCCAACAGCAGCUGGAGAUCCAGGUUUGAGAAACACUGGUAUAAAAUAACAAGAAAAUACAGAAAAAUAAUUUGUAAAACAGUUCCUACUGAAACAUGUCAGGGAUAUUAACAAACGACUGCAAACAUGCAUGCACCGGCAAACAAGUUCAGUUGAAGCUGUAGGGGAUUGAAUCGCAAUUUUAGUCAGUACGUACUAAGCACUUAUGGAAAAAUAACAGCAUUUCAGUACCUACAUAUAACAUAUCAACAUUUAGAGCUCUGGUGAUGCUUGACUUAUAUUUGAGGGUAGGGUGCCCUUAGCCAUCAUAUAUAGUCUUUGAACAUAAUAUUAUUAGAAUUAUAAAACUUGAAGCAGAAAUUCAUUAGAUGAUGAUACAGAGCUUCAUUAUUACCUCUAAAAUGUCUGUGUUACGCUCCUUCCUGUGUAUAUCUUGAGAGACCGAGGGGGAAGGGGAAGAUUGUCAGAAAUCAUCCAAGAGCCGAGCUGCUGCUCACAGAAGGUGCCUUGCCUCAUUUUGAGUGAUCAGUCCCUGUUAACCCCCACACUCGAGCCCACCCCAUUUAGCAGGUUCCCCUAACCCUAAAGAGAGACGUUUCAGGCAGCUUGUGGAGCUGUAGGUGGGAGAAGGGGGCAAGAAAGUCACCUUCCACCAACUCCCUUCGGUCACAGUUUCUCUGGAUCCAGCUUCUUCGUUGCUCCUUUGCUGAAUUUUCUAUUGCAGCCUCCCUGGGACAAGUACCUGUUCCUUUGUACUCUGUAGAUUGGAAUGCAUGCUAAUGGCAGUACAUAAAUAAUAGAUACAAGUGUCUUCAAAUGAGAGAUUGGGGGUGAAUUCAUUUAAUGGUCGUCUUUGAUUUUGUUUCAGAAAGCAUCUGAGAUGUUAUAUUUGUAGCAAGUUCAGAGUUAACAAAUCAUUCUACAUAAAAACAAGUAAGACCCUCUGAAUUAGGAUUGCCUUGCCUCUUUAAAAAAUACAUAUUGUAAGUGAUGCUCUCUGGAGUUUUCCGCGUACAUUUUUUAAAAAAACAAACUGAGAAAUACCUGACGCAUAGUGGGUAGCCAGUAGGCUUUCUGCAGGGGUUACCACUGAGAGUUGACAGAGGGCAGCCUGGCAAAUGUUCAGAAACUCGCAUUAACUUUGUUGAGCUCGGCAUGGGACCUUGUGUUCGGCAGAAUUCUCCUGACCUGCCUCUCUGCAUGCCGAGCUAAUCAGCAAACACCUAAUGAGCCUGCUCUAAAGAAACAGACCCUCUCCCAACCUACUUCAUUUUCAUAGAUUCUCUGGGGGGAGGGGAGAGACAAGACUUCAUAAGGACUGAUGAUGCUGCAAAGACCACAAUAAUGAUAAUUAACUUGCUGAAUUUAGAAGAUUAUGCUGUUAAUUAGUUGCAAAAUAAAGAUAAGUAAUAGAGCAGCAGAUGGUAAGAUAACACCCAGGAGAAGGAGGGUUAUUACUCUGAUGAGGUUUUGUGGCAGAUAUGAAAUAUGGAUCUGACUUUUUCAUAAAUUGUUUCUACAAUAUAUCCUCUUGUUUCUGUGAACUCGUGAUGGAGUGAUCUAUUCCUACCAAUUCUGACAGAUGUGAUGGGGAUUUAUUUUGAAGGGUAUACAUAUUUUUUAUACUAAAAAGAUGCCUUUGCUGUUCAGGAUUAGAAUGUCGUCAGUGUUUCAGCAAUAUUGCAAAUACAAAUUGAAUGACUAUCAAUGUACUUCAUCAUUUCUAAUUAUACUUUAAAUAUGUAUUUUAUUAUAUCACUGGAGAGAACAUUAACAAUCACUAUCAACAGUAUGGUGCAUUGAAUAAAGAGCUCAAUUCUACAGCUUAGUGGGUAGCCUUGAGCAAAUUUUCUCUCAACCUUACCUACUUCGUCGGGUGGUUGGGGGUACAUGUAAAUUGCCCCAAGCUCCUUGGAGGAAGAGCAGACUUCCAAAUGGUGGUAAUGAAUCUACUUAACAUGUUGAAAUUAUUGGGUCGAUUAUUGGAACAUUUUGGUAAACUAUGAAGGCUUUAAAAUAUUUGAGACUAUUUAGGAACAACUAUUCAAACUUGUUACACAGGAUUGUCCCAGAAAGCAUGGCAUUGUUUUGCACUUUUCCUAUAGGUGUUGUGAUUUCCCUUGUCCUGUGACUCAGCUCUCCAAGUUCAUCACUCCUUUCUUUAGUGACUUGGUCCAUUUUUUGUCGAUUAAUGCUAUGGUGGGGGCAAGGAGUGGAUAGCCCAAAUUGUUCAAGUCCUUGGGGACUUGAGGCAUCCCUUCUCAGAAGCGGUUGUUGCCCUGCCUCAGCAAUUUGACUGCAGAGAAUAUAGUCCUGAAGGAUGAGGACCUGGUGCCGGCUGAGCCAAAAUACUUCUGUGGCUUGUGAAUGUUUCUGUGAAUAUAUAGCGAUAUAUUUCCCAGUUGAGGGGGUUGGGAGGUUGCUGGCUGAGUGAAGCAGCAGGUUCUGAGCCAGUUUUGCUUUGCUCCUUAAGCAAAAUAGCUUGGGGAGGGGGACAGCUGUGGUCAAGCCAUAAGCAAGUAUGAGAAUGGACGGGAAAUGGACCUAAAGGCCAUCAGCUGGAUAUUCCUUCUAUAACCAUAUAUACUAUAUAGUUAGAAAGACAACGUAAUGUUUUUAGGGGGUUUAAAAUAGGGGGGGGGUUGCAUUUAUUAAUUUAUAUUUUAUCAUUAAAAAAAAAUCAAAUAUAAAGCAGUAAAAUGAUACACAAGAAAAGGAAAAAGAACAAAACACAGAACUGUGUAAAGGUGGUAAACAUUAUAUGAAUAUAUACAAAAAAUAUAUACAAAAAAUACCCUAACCCAUACAUUCUUUUAUAGUUUUGAUAUUAUCCUAAUAUGAAUAGAAAUAUUAGCAGUCUGUUACAUUUUGUAUAAAUUCGUUCCAAAUAUUGUCAUGUUUAUCCAACCAGAGUCUAUGUCUGUAAGCAGUCCAUUCGUAGGUUGCAAGUGUUACCAUAUUAUCAACCCACUGAUUAAAGAACGUAAUAUUUUUAGUGAUCAUUUUUAGUUAUUGAACUAUGGAACAGAUGCCUAUUGUUAUCCUCUGGUCCCUUUGAUGUUUUUGGUACUUGUAUUUGGCCAAAAGGACUGGAUCACUUUGGGGGGGGGUGUACAACUCACAUCACAAUCUGAAGUACCCCCUCUUACUAGCUCAGAAAUAUACUCAUACCUUAAGCAUAUAAUAGUAUUUUUGCUAACCAUUUUAACUCUGUGUUUCAUACCCAUCAUCUUGUUCACAUUGUGGAUCUAUAACUUUUUGGAACUAGAAGAAGUGGUAUUAGUUCUUUGUAAAAGGAAAAAGACAUGGGAGGCAAAAUGAAGUACAGGCAACUGUUGUUUUAGGCGUGACUGAUGUGUGUGCAGUUGCGCAUAUGUGCACAGCAUUGAACCUGGAAGUGACCUGGAAACGUCAUAAAAGACAUCACCGAAAGGGUGGGGCGGAGGCAGAACAGCUGCAGAAUGGGGUGUUUCAGUUGAACACAAUUUCACACUGAAAUGCAAAUCCUGUGCAAAUCGGGGGUUGCCUGUACAGUGGUACCUCGGUUUAGUAACAGCCCUGUUUACGAACUAUUCAGUAUAAGAACUCCACAAAACUGGAAGUAGUGUUCCGGUUAGCGAACUUUACCUUGGUCUACGAACGGAAGCCAAAUGGUGGAAGGACACCAGUGGCGGGAGGCCUCAUUAGGGAAAGCGCGCCUCGGUUUAAGAACGGUUUCGGUUUAAGAACAGACUUCCGGAACAGAUUAAGUUUGUAAACCGUGGUACCACUGUAUAUGCUUAGAAUGAAAGUAGUUGGUUGUUUCCAGUGCUGUGCGAGUGGAUGUGCACUUGCACAAGGGAAGUUUCCUCCCUUCUCAUGGCAGCACCCUGCACCCUCCCAAAAGCCUCUCCUGGAAUUUUGGGGGCCUUCAUGAGAGGUAUGGAAUGGAGCUGCUGCAGCAGGAGGAGGAGAGUCUCCGAAAAUUGGGCAUGAGCAGCUUUCACAGGCAACUCUUAAGCUAGUGAACAACUCUUAAGCUAGCUGAGUAAGUUGACUAUUGCUGCCUGCAAUUGUUCAUCGUGGAAAAAAUCAUUUUUGUCUUUCAGCGAUUAAAAGCUGCCUUAACCCAGCAGCACUCUCAGGUCACAAAUGGAGAUACUGCAAAGGGACAAACAAGUGGAUUGGUUAGAACUCAGUCAGAGGAAGCACGGCCACAGUCGCUGCAGCAGCCUGCUACAUCUACUACUGAAACACCGGUAAGAAACCUUGCUUCUGAUUCUGUUUGCUACCAUAUAAACAUCCUAGAUUACUUCCUGACAGACUCUUAGCUUAGUGUUAUGUGCAAACCAGCAAUCUUGGCUUACAACAAACAAGGUUGCUAAGCAAGGUAACUUUAUAACCCAUGGUUUGUAGCUGACUUGUUUCGUGACUAUUCUUUGUUCAGGCUCACGGAGGCUCAUUCACUAAACCAUGGCUUAGCAUUACAUAUGAACCAACCCUGUGUUGCAAGUGCUUGAACUCUUACACCAAAUAUUUUUUAAUCCUAGAAUUUCCUCUUUUUCAAUACAAAGAGAGAGAGAAAAUACAAAGAGAGAAACCCCACCUUAAAGUGGGGGUGGAGAAGUCAUUUAAUUCAGCUCCACUCUGCCUCUAUAAUAGUAUAUUCUAUGUUGUAUCUAGUGGUUGUGCAAUUGGUUCACACAACCAAUCUAUCGUUUGUCUUCCCCUCUGCAUCCCUGAAAAGCUUCUCCAGAGGGGGAGCCUAGUAAAUAUUGUGGAUUUUUAAUUAAUUUGUUUUUUACAGGGUUGCAGUGGGGUUGGGAGAAUGGCUCAAAUUUGGGUAGGGUAAUCUUUCAUGAAUUGGAACUUUAGUGCUGUAUUGCCAACCUGUGUUUGAUAUGUCUGCUAUAGCCAACAUGUCAACAGUGCAUUUUGUUUUUACUUUGAAACUCUUUAAAGAUUGCAUGUGUUCAAUUUAUAUUCUGCACUAAAUGAGACCAUUAUAGUCAAUGCUGUGUGAUAUAUUAGAGGAAUGUGAAUUUCUGUCCAAAGUCUAAGCUUGAACUAAAAGUUUUGUGGCAGUGAACUCUGGCAUUCCUUGCUUCUUGCAGGCUUCUCCAGCACAGCUUGCACCGCAAACGCCAAAUACAGGGGGUCGACGACGAAGGGCAGCAAAUGAAGAUCCCGAUGAGAAAAGGCGGAAAUUCCUAGAGCGGAAUAGGGCGGCAGCAUCAAGGUGUAGACAAAAAAGAAAAGUUUGGGUGCAGUCUUUGGAGAAGAAAGCUGAAGACUUGAGCUCGUUAAAUGGUCAAUUACAGGUACUUCCUUCUGCUUGUUUGUAAUUUUAAAACAAUAAUCUGAUAUUGUAAUACAAUAAUUAAGGGCAAUAGGUGGAAUUCAACGCUAUGCCAAUACAGUGGUACCUCGGGUUCCAUACGCUUCAGGUUCCAUACGUUUCAGGUUACAGACUCCGCUAACCCAGAAAUAUUACCUCGGGUUAAGAACUUUGCUUCAGGAUGAGAACAGAAAUCAUGCAGCAGCGGCGCAACAGCAGCAGGAGGCCCCAUUAGCUAAAGUGGUGCUUCAGGUUAAGAACAGUUUCAGGUUAAGAACGGACCUCCGGAAAGAAAUAAGUUCUUAACCCGAGGUACCACUGUAUGAUUGUUCUACUUGCCAGAAAGGAUGCUCUCCUUUUGAUUUUUGGGUAGGGGAGGAAAGGAAUCUUUUGUUAGCUUCCACUAUCAAAGUUGGUUAAUUGAAUCCAUUUAACAGGUCCAGAGCACACAGUGUAAUUUUAGGCUCGUCCAAAUGAUGUGUGAUUGCCGGCACACGGCCGGGGGGGGGGGGCGGACAUCAUAGGGUGGAGUGCUGGGAACUGAACCCCAUCGCCCCAUAAUAUUUCAUCUUUCCUUCCCCAUAAGUGUCUCAGGAGCUCCAUUUCUUUUACCUUCUCCCCAAAAAGAGAUGGGGAAAGGGUGCAAACUCUGAAUAUCUGGAACUUUCCCCAAUGAGGUGCACAUAGGAUGAGGUGAGGUUACAAGUGGCCAUCGGGCAUUGCAUAUAAUGCAAGCCUGCUUUGAGAGGCGUGGUGGGCGUGAGCUGCUUGUACCCAUUUCACAGAAUAGAUAUGCUCCAGCAAAGUUUCCAGAGCCAGUCACGUGUAUCUACCCAUGCAUUAUUUUAAAAAACCCGAAGACAACCGAAAGAUUGAAGGUCAAAGAUUUUUGCCUUCUUGGCUAGUCCUUCACUCUACGUAAUUUAAAAUGUUUCUGUUUGUGACAGGAGAGGUAUAAUGGAAUAUGAAGUAGAAACAAAUGAGAGACCAGUGUAACGUAAGUGCAGGAAGCCUGUGUGUAUGAUUGGCAAGGCUGGCAGUAGCUAAUAAGUAUAUACACAAAAACAUCUGGAGGGCACCAAAUUGGAGGAGGCUGGCCUAGAAUACAUGUUACCUCAUCUAUGUUUUCAUUUGCAUUAAAAGACAAUGGACAUUUCUGUAUGGAUUUUUCCUACUUAAACAUAUUUUUAUAAGCAUAGACUGGAACACACACACACGGCAGAGUCUCAAGGGUUAAUCUCUUUCAUGUAAAGCAGAGGUGUUUUUUAUAGUCUGCCAGCAACAAAGCUGGCAAAGGUGAAGAACAGAAUGAUUUGUAAAGGAAAUUGAACGGCAAAUAAAUUAUUUAAACUCUUCAUUAUCUGAAAAUAUUAAUCCUGUAUUCCAAAAUGAUUCAUCAUUUGAUAAAGCAGGCACAGCUGUGUAGUAAUAACCCAUGAUGGCUUAAGUUGAAUAUGUGUUUUGAUACGUUUGGCCUUCCACAGCAUGUUAGCUGUGAAAAAGUGCUGGUUCUCAUUCUAGUUUUGUCAAUUUUACAAAUUAAACGAGCUGGGGGAAACUGUUUGAAUCAUAUGAAUAUGAAAUAUAAAAAUAUUACUGUAUGGUGAGGCUCACUUUCAGAGUUUAGAUAAAGUGGGCUCAACCUUUGGCUCUUCUUGCUGGACUUGUUGUUUUAGCUACAGCAGAAGAACCCCCAGCUUCUGCCUCAGCAGAAUGAGGUCAGACGAAUAUUGAUACUUGCAUCGUUUGCACAGCGACAUUUAAAAAUAUUGGGAGAUCAAUGGAACUAUGUCCAGUAUAUUUUAAAUUCCCCACUUCCUUAAUGUAUUCAUCUUAAAUAUGUCACAUUAGAAUUCUCCAUUCAAUUAUCUGUAAUGGCAAAAAAAAAAUAGUCAAUGCCAGUCCCUUAAAAUGUGGUGCACAACAUUUUGAUAUCUAUAUCGGACUGCAUAUAGAAGCAAGAGAUCAAAAGGAGUUGAAUGUAAUAGGCCAAAUGUAAAGCAACUCCCAAUAUUUUCUUUGAAUGUACAAAACAAACAAGCUGCUUAGCCAAAACUGCUGCAGUUCACAGAUAAAGCGUUGUGUUAAUGUGCCUAGAAAUUGUGUGCUGUGUCUUGUAUUUGUCUUUACGAAAGCUUGUAAAUCUCAGUUUGAAAUGGAUGUAACUUGAUCCUGGUAAAGUAUAUAAAUUUUUUCUUCUUCUUUAGAGUGAAGUCACCCUGCUGAGAAAUGAAGUGGCGCAGCUGAAACAGCUUCUUCUAGCUCAUAAAGAUUGCCCUGUAACAGCCAUGCAGAAGAAGUCUGGCUAUCAUAGUGAGUAAUGUUCCAUUACCUAUAUAGCCUUAGGCUGUACCAGUGAAAUACUGCCAAAGCAAACAGAGAUAACAUUACAACGGAGAAGUGAUGUUCAAAUACUUCACUUUAAAUAUAACAAUUCCUACAAGGCUGUUGCAAGAUAAAUGCAAUGAUAUAUUGAAUCUUCUUCUGGAUUCUUACAAUUUUUAAAAAAGUAUUCAGUUACAGCAUGGUAUGUAUUAAUAUUUAGAGAUUGUAUGCAGUUUAAUAGUAUCCAAUUACUUUUUUUUACUAAAAAAAUAAAAUUAGUUAUUUCACAGGUCAUAGCUGUGAGAUAGAAUCUCUUUAUGUUGUUUACCGGUCUUUCCACCAGAAAUAAAAUGAAAUAAAUGUUUACCAUAAUUUUAUUCGGGGAAGGAAUAAUGAGCUUUAAUGCUAAUGGUAAAAGUAAAAUUUAUAAAACAUUGGAAAAAUGUUCUUAAUGCUUUUACUUUUUCAGCAUUUCAAAGGUUAAUUGUGUGUUUCUUUCUUUUCUUUUUGGACAUAAUACCCAGCGCUAGAACCAGCUGCUGCUGUAGAAUAAAUGGCCAAUUUUGUCCAUUGUACACAAAUUUGUAACAAAUAACUGAGCUGGGAAUGCAUUAGGCAACAUUCAUAAUAUAUAACCCACAGCUUUCAUUUUUAUGAUUUAGUGAUAUUUCAGUAUAUUUGUAAAUGUGAAGAUUGUUUCUGCCAUAUGUAGCCACUUCAUUUUAAUUUGCCAGUGUCAGUAAUUUAGGAGAAUAAAAGAACAUUUUGUAUUGCAUGCGAACAGUUCCUCAGGUGCUUGCGAUAAAACUUAAUGGCCACCAUCUUUACUUGUAGUCAUUGUAAGCAGUUUCAUCAGAAUGGGCAAUAUUUUUUAAUUUAAGAGAUUCCGGAGAUUUAGCAACACUCUGUGGCUGUAUAUAUUUAGAACUCUGAUUUUGUCAGUUUUGAGCUUAUAAAUCUCGGUCCUUUUGAUCUCCAGUCAUUUGACAGGAUGGAAAGUGGCAUCUUGGAGCAAAUUGAAACCGUGCAGAAAUAUGUUUUGAAUUUAUAUUAACAAUGAUUGUUGCAGGGAUGAGGCCAUUAUGGUUCCCAUCUGACAAAACAACAUUAUUCCAUAUAGAAGCAGCUAUAGGAUUACAUUAUGCAUGCAUAGUUUGCUGAAUGUGCUUAGGUGUCUUGAAUGCUGAUAUUAUGAAAGAGAACUAUCUGGUUGUACAUUUAGCUUGCAAGUUUAAAGUACUAACACAGAGAGAAAGUGCAUACUCCAAAAUUUGCACUAUUGUUGCAAACUCAUUUGCAGUGUGUGUUGUCACUGUUGGCGGAUAUUGGAUUAUGGUCUGCAGGAAUAACUAUACAUAAUUGCUCAUUGUAAAUAUGCAAUAAGAUGGAUUGGACGGAAUCAGAUUUAAAGGGCAGGGUUCAUCUAUAGAGCCCCGUCGCUGGAAGAAGCCCAGUGGAAGGACUUCCACUAGCUCAGUGAGGCUCUCCCUCAAAAUUGGCUGGGGGGGCGGUGUCAGAAGAAAACCCAUGUUGAGGUGGAGGCAGGAUUGUUCCAUCUGGCAUGCUGAUAUGGUUGCACAGAUGGAACAUUUGCUUGACCUUGAAUUCCAUUCUGUAGUCUGUAGAGCCUAGCAUAUUCUUAAUAAGGUGCCUCAGCUACAUUAUGAAAAUACUGAAAACAAGUGAUACAACUCACUGAAGCCUUGAAGAAAGCAAGAGGGAUAGUAGAAGCAACUUCCUAGGGGACUACCACCAGUCCUUCUUUAUUUUAUUAAAUUUGUAUACCACCCUUCACUGAAGAUCACAGGGCAGUUCACAACAUAAAAACACAAAAUAAGAACACAAAAUGCACCAUGAAACAAAAGCUUCUUCUUUAUGUUGUGCUAGGCCAGUGUGAGAGCCAGUGUGGUGUAGUGGUUAAGAGCGGUAGACUCAUAAUCUGGGGAACCGGGUUCGCGUCUCCGCUCCUCCACAUGCAGCUGCUGGGUGACCUUGGGCUAGUCACACUUCUUUGAAGGCUCUCAGCCCCACUCACCUCACAGAGUAUUUGUUGUGGGGGAGGAAGGGAAAGGAGAAUGUUAGCCAGUUUGAGACUCCUUAGGGUAGUGAUAAAGCGGGAUAUCAAAUCCAAACUCUUCUCUUCUAGGCAAUGUUCGCAUCUUCCUCAGGCACCAUCUUAGAUGUUUAGAAUAAACUAAGCAUAAACUCUGUAAUAAUUGCUACAGCAUCUCUGACCUUGUGCAGGUCCUUAACUGGCAAGUUCAUGCACAUUAAAGGUGAAAGCGCAGUACCAAAUGGCUUCACUUGAAAAAGGCUACAUCCAUAACUGACACGGUGUAAUCCUUAACUGUGAUGACGUUUCAGGAGAUUCCCUCAGAGAAGAUCCUGGUGUACUGGAAGCAUUUUUUAGACAAGUCUGAAUUAGCGAUUCUUCAGUGCAAAAGCCAGCUAUUUGGGAAAGGACUUACAGUAAUUAAUUGCUGUGGGUCUCAAGUCCCUGUGAGCAGAACUCUGCUUGCAAGAUGCUCCCAUUAGGGGAAGUGGGAUGCAGAAUUGAGAAUUCCCCCUGCAAUUCUUGGUGUCCCCCCUCCCACAAAAAGGAGUAGUUUUAGAGAGUUGGGAGAGGUAGUGCUUGGUGCUGCAAAUUGCCUCUUCACCCACCCACUGUCUUGUCAGUGUCAUCCUUCAGUGGAAGCAAAUCAGGAUCCAAUGCUAUGUUUGAGGUAAUGUCCUCAGAAAUGCUUUAUCUGUCGAGUCUUCAUUUGCUUUUGUUCAAUGGUCUUGAUAACAUAGGUGCCUGCAGAUACAAAAAAACAGCUGUGUCAGAAUGUAGAAUUUACCUAUACUAUAAAAUUAUGUUAUUAAAUGUACAGCUUUUUCUCCAUCAUGGCCACUUUAUAGGGUUGAUGAAAAUUAAAAUCCUCUUAAGUUGAUUGAUGUGUCCAUCUGUGAUGUGGAAAAGUUUCCACUUUUGCUUUAUUUUUUACAAAAAUAUUCCACUUUCGUUUCAUAAAAUUAAUUAAUAAUGUAAUGAAUGAUUACAAUACAUGUUACAUUGGACAACUAGAAUGGUUGCAGUGCUGGUUCAAUCAAAAGUCAGAGUUAUAUUUAACUUUUUUCAGUUGUUUUCCAGGAAACAUACAUUUAUGCACACAGCUCUUCAAGUAUGCUAAAAUUCUUAUGUUAAGUUGUCAGUGCCUUCCUUUCCCCCCCUUAAAAUCUAAAUAACAGAAGGGAACUGCAUGCACUUGAGCUGUCACAUCUUAAAAUAUUUAGGUAUUCCACUAAAAAUUCCCAAAGUUCUUGAAUUUGUUAGAACAUAACUUUAAAAUAGGUGCAGGUAGGUAGCCGUGUUGGUCUGAUGCAGUUGAAAUAAAUAAAAAAAUUAUCUAGUAGCACCUUAGAGAUGAACUAAGUUUGUUCUGGGUAUAAGCUUUUGUGUAUCUGAAGAAGUAUGCAUGGACCCGAAAUCUUAUACCCAGAACAAACUUGGUUGGUCUCUAAGGUGCUACUGGACAAUUUUUUUAUUUAUUUAAAAUAAGUGUACUUUUUCCUAAUCCAAUAUUUCAGUCCCACUGCUUUGGCUAUCGUCAAAAUCCUUCAGGUAAUUUAUACAACAUAUGGAACUAGCAUCUCAUAUUCUAAUUGCACAUUUCAUUGACGAGGACAUGGAAAUGUUUUUGUUUUCUUUUUCAGCUACAGAUAAAGAUGAUAGUUCCGAAGACAUUUCCGUGCCAAGUAGUCCUCACACAGAAGCUAUUCAGCAUAGUUCGGUCAGCACUUCCAAUGGUGUAAGCUCAACCUCCAAGGCAGAAGCAGUGGCUACAUCGGUUCUCACCCAGAUGGCAGACCAGAGUACAGAGCCAGUGCUUUCGCAGAUUGUAAUGGCUCCUCCAUCUCAGUCACAGCCUUCAGGAAGUUGAUUAAAAACUUGCGUUGUUUUUAGAUACUCCUUAGCAACUUCAAAGGGAAACCAAGGAAAGCAGCCUUCAUUUAGGAGAAAUCUGUAGCUUAAAAAUGAUUCAUCUGUAAAAUUCAAACUUGAAUUUGGCUUUGAAAGUUGGCGAACAGGAAUGGCACAGCGGGUUGUAGUCUCUUAACAGACACCAAGUUCAUUUUCCUUUCCUAAUUAGGAUUGCUAGUUAUUUUCAGUGCUCGUCAUGUAAAGUGUCGGUACAGUUUAAAUGUACUUACUACUUUAAUUUGGUGGUAUUCCAAGCAGUCACGUAAAAUGCUCACCCCAAAAAACUGUGAUAGUAAUCUUGUAAUAUUUUAUACCAAAGUUCUGCAUAGAAUCCUAUUGACUUCGUAAACUCUACAAGAUCAUUAAAGCACUAGGCAAGAGAAAAAGACAGGAACAGGAAAUUUGCUUUUAGUCUUUUUUGCCUUUAUAUUGUUUUGCACAUUAUGAGAGGGGGAAAAACUUUGGGAGAAUAUGUUUGAUUAUAUUGUGUAGCAUUUUCUUUGGCUUUUUAACUGUUUGGGUAUUUUUAAAGAAUUUUGUUUAACAGGGCCAGUACAGUAUAUGGAAUACAGUACUUUUUAUGCACAUAUGUAAUCUUGAUCAGGGUCAUUACUAGCUAGAUUUUCUUUUUUAAAAUAGAUGUCAGCUUAGCUAGCACUUCCAUUUUAUAAAAUCAGGAGCUUUGCUUCUGCUGCAAAAACAAAAACCUGCAGCUAUACCCUCUUACUAAACAGCCAAGAACAACGGAAAGAUUCUGAACAGGGUUGUGAAAGAUGGAAUACUUUUUCAAAGCUCACUUGAUAUUUUGUGGUUUCUUGGGUCUUAAAGAGGAGCUUAUUCAUACUGCAAGAUAGUAUGGGUGCCAGGAAAGCUUGAAAUUCCCUCAUCAAACUACUCAAGACCUUUUUUUUUUUGUUAUUGUAUUGUAUUUGCAAGGUAACUUGUACUUUAUUCUUGUGUAAGCACUGUCAUCUUUUAGUAGCAAAAUUUUGAUACUUUUCUUGUGGGGAGAAAAAAAAUCAAUAUUUACCGUACCGUGGAAACAAUGUAAUUAUAGUGUGACGUGUGUAUGUGUGUAUGAAUGAGAGAGCGAGAGAAUGGUUCAGUAGUUACGCCGGCAAUCUGUGCUUGAAUGUUUAAAGAUGCCUUCAGUGUGAUGCUGGCUUGGUAGGUGAUUGCAGUUUUUGAAAUGUUAUUUACCGUGUGAAUUUGGAUAACUAACAUUCCAUGAUGUAGUUUGUUUCUGAUAAGAUGAUUGUAGGUACACUUUUUCUCAUUAUCCAAUCAUCUGCAGGAUAUUGAGUUUUUUAAUGUGCCAUUAUCUAUUUUAAUUCUGUACUCAUGUUAAAAAUAUAUAAUAUUUUACGAUUAAGUUGUAAAAGUGCAAAAAGAAAAAAAACAGGUAUGUGCUGUCAUACCAGAAAAACUUUGCAUAACAGCAGAGAAAAACUACACAGUAGCAGCAUCUGGCAGUAAAAAAAGAAUUCCAUUAUGUAUAUAACAAACAUUUAAUGCAUUUAUUGUGGGUUUGUGUAACUCAUAUGUUCUAUGCUCUGUUUUAACCUAGGGUGCCAUCAAACUAUGAAACAUUCAGUUUUAAAUCAUUGGAUUUUAAUUGGUGGUAAUGGCAGAGAGCAACUCUUAAUUUGUAUGAUUUACAACCAAACUAGAAUGGAAGCUGAACAAAGUCCUAAAAUUAUGUAUAUAUCAUUUCAGUGCUUUAAGUCUGAAAAUAAGAAUUUAAAUAUUUUGUGUAUUAAAAAUGUAAGGAAACAAGGUUUUUUUUGCAUAGUUUGCAAAAAGUGCUCCAGACACCUUCAUUUUAUCAGUUUUUAAAGGGUUAAUUUCAGAAACAAGCUUUAAUUUUAUUUUUAUUUUUAACCCACAAGUAUAGUGACGAAGUCUCCAGCACAAACUGUGAAUUCUAUAAAAAAAAUCCUCUCUGAAGGAUUCAACUCUAGUCACACUGGGAUGGAGAUGUGAAUUCAGUUGAAAGCAAUGCAGUGCAGGUAUAUGACGUGUGUAUGUGUGCCUGAUGCAUACUCAUGGCUUGCAAUUCCACAAGUUCAUAUACACGUAGAAGCCUGCUUCCACACAUACUCCUCCUCCUAUGGAUCGGAGUGGAGAGUGUUUGGAUUGGAUGAACAAAGUGGUUAUGUUUCCUCCACUAAAUCUAGGCAUAAUCUUAUUUAAUACAACGUUUUUUGUUGGGGUUUUUUUUUAGUAAUAAAGCUGUUGCUGUUGUAAAGUAAAUCUAAAUAUGUGCAAGGAGAGAUGUAAAUGAUUUUAAUGAAGGGAUUAGUUAAAAUCCUGUGUUCCGCAAACAAGAGAACAGUUGUAUAACCAUAGAUUCCGUUUUAAAAUGUAUGUCACACUACUUCUGUACUUCGCAUUCGAGAUCCUUGCAUUUGACAUGUUUCACAAACUGUACUGUUUUUCUUCAAUGUGCAGUUUGCAUGAGUAAGUCAUCAGAGAAUAAAAUCUAUCUUUAAAUUGUA